AUAAUUCCACAUCAUUGGAAAUCAAUCAUACCAUCAACAAGUAUCUGAAAUCAUGGAGAAGCCGGGGGCUCUAGAGACAGGCGAGCAGCCCUGUCAAUCGAGAUUGAUAGGUAAGGGUCGCGGGUAUAUCCUCAUUCUCUAUACUCCAUGCUACUUAUUGCCUAUGUCAUGAUGCUGAGAGUAAUAAGUUAUAAAAACGAGGUCACGCCCGUCUCUUGAAGGACCUAGAUAUUGCCUCAGACCCAACCCUCUCAAUAUAUCUCAACCCUCAAUUUCAAGUACAGUCUCGACAAAAUGAAGGCUAGCAGCAUCAUCUCCGUCCUUGCGCUUGGCGCUACUGCUCUUGCCCGCCCUAAGCACGGUGGCCAUUUGCCAACCACCACUGUCGCUGGUGUUGAGGUUGUCGAUACCCAGAUAGUUCGCGAUGCCCGGGCUCUAAUCGAAAAGUUCCCUGAUUUCCUCUACUGGCACAGCAUGCGCACUUGGCUUCUCGGUGCCGCUGUUCUCAACGCCAACGCGACCCUCAAGGCCCAGGUUGACCUCGAGGCUCAUGCUUUGGGUACCAUUCUUCACGAUCUUGGCUGGGAUAUGAGCCCCGAUUCCCCUUGGGUCACCAAAGAGAACCGCUUCGAAGUUGACGGUGGUCUUGGUGCCGUGCGGUGGAUUAAGGCACACAAGUCCUACAAGUCAUGCGUUUGGACCGAGGCUCGUCUUGAGCGCAUCUUCGAUGGCAUUGCUCUUCACGGCACCUUUGGUAUCCACCCCUUCAAGAACAUUGACACCAAGUGGAUCACGAACAGCGUUGGGUUUGACGGUGUGAACUUCACGCCACAGGAAGUUCCAAUUGAGAAGUUUAACAGUGUCGUCGCCGAGUUCCCUAAGGAUAGUUUCCAGAAGGGCGCCAUUGACACCUUCACAUGGAUGGCCGCUACAAAACCUAACGGCACAUAUAACACUUUCGUUGAGCCCUUCGGCACCCACUACGUACCUGGAUACAACUCCACUGGCAAGCAUUCGUUCGACCGUAUCACCGCUGGUUACGUUCCGGAUAAGAACUAGAGGGUUGAUUAGUAUAUUUAUAAUUAGUAUAUAAUAGCGAGUUUCGUGAUGCAGAUAUGAAUGUAAUGAAGAUUUAUCUAA